CGUUUUUUUGUGUACGUUUCCAUGGGAAGCAGUUACACACACACACACACACACACACGCCUCUGGGUUCAGAUAUUACGCGAGUUUUAUCGGAACAAACGUCGUGCUGUCAGCUGGCACAGACAGAAGACGAGGAAAGGAGCUACACACCUAAAUGGAUUGCAAAGGCACAGUGUCAACUGUUGGCUGACCUACAUCACCAGGAUCCAACCUUUCCAACAAGGGAUCAGGCGCUGCAAGAUGAGUUUUGAACUUAAAGAAUCGGUGAGCGUCGUCACAUACUGGCCGGCUGACAAUAUUUCCUCCUGGGUAAAGAAGGACUGAAUUCUUCCUGAGAGGCUGGUGCAACGAGGACGUCUCUCCAGCAGAAGGGGACAGGAAAUGGGAGAGAUAAUUGAUUGAUGAAUCAGCGUUGUGUUCCCAAAACUCUUUUUAUAAAUAAGGAAAGUUAACAAGCUGAUGAAACCGUCUUGAGAGAUGAUGAAUCGUUACACCACCCUGAGACAGCUGGGUGAUGGCACCUAUGGCAGUGUGCUUAUGGGGAGAAGCAACGAAUCUGGAGAAUUGGUAGCUAUAAAGAGCAGCAUGGCAGCAGGGCUCAAUAAUAGAUGAGAAACCGGGGAGAUGCGUCCACUGGUUGAUCAUUUGGUUACCAUGCAAGACAAUACAUGCGGUGACGGUGAAAGGGAGUGAAAGUACAAGGAGUGUGUCGGGUUGCUGACAUUGUUGAAGAAUGAAGAGGAAGUUUUAUUCAUGGGAAGAAUGUAUGAACCUGAGAGAGGUGAAGUCACUGAAGAAGCUGAACCAUGCAAAUGUGGUGAAGCUGAAGGAAGUAAUCAGGGAGAAUGAUCACCUCUACUUUGUCUUUGAGUAUAUGAAGGAGAACCUCUACCAGCUUAUGAAGGACAGAGAGAACAAGAUGUUCUCAGAGAAUGAAAUUAGGAACAUCCUGUUUCAAGUGCUAUCUGGGUUGGUUUUUGUACAUAAGCAUGGUUUCUUUCAUCGAGACAUGAAGCCAGAGAAUCUCCUGUGCAUGGGCCCAGAGCUGGUCAAAAUAGCAGAUUUCGGACUGGCCAGAGAGAUCCGCUCGAAACCUCCUUACACAGACUACGUAUCAACGAGAUGGUACCGAGCUCCAGAAGUCCUGCUCAGGUCGUCUACCUACAGCUCUCCUAUUGACUUGUGGGCCGUGGGCUGCAUCAUGGCAGAACUCUACACUCUCAGACCUCUUUUCCCUGGGAACAGUGAGGUGGACGAGAUCUUUAAGAUCUGUCAAGUCCUGGGCACUGUCAAAAAGACGGAUUGGCCAGAGGGUUACCAACUGGCUUCUGCUAUGAACUUCCGCUUCCCCCAGUGUGUGCCGACCCACCUGAAGACCCUCAUCCCUAAUGCCAGCAAUGAAGCAAUUGCCCUGAUGAGGGACCUGCUGCAGUGGGACCCCAAGAAAAGACCGACUGCUGUACAGUCUCUACGUUACCCAUACUUUCAGGUGGGCCAGAUCUUAGGGCCUCGACCUCAGAGCCAGGAGGUAAAGAAGGUCCAGACCAGGCCUCAGGCCCAGAAGCAGGCCUCAGAGUCCAAAAUUGAACCCCAGCAGUCUUCCUCUGAUUCCAAAGCGUCUGCAUCCUCCUCUAGAAAUCAGCAUCAGCAUCAGCAUCAGCAUCAGCAUCAACAUCAGCAUCAACAUCAGCAUCAACAUCAGCAUCAACAUCAACAUCAGCCUCUUCAGCAGAUCCCCCUUCCUCAGACUGAGAGUAAACCAGCAGGCCUCAGCCAUGCAAAGGUAACAUCGCUAGGCAGUGAGAACACAGUUGGUGGUGGUGGUGGUGGGAUGGGGGCACUGAAGAGUGGCCGUCGUCGCUGGGGCCAGACGGUGGCCAAGACCACAGACAGCUGGGAGGAAUCUGACCCCUCGGAAACCGCCGCAUCCAACUCCAAGAAACCCAGCCUGGGGAACGCAGAGGAGGAGAGGAGCCUGAAGGAGCACCUCCCACAGCCUAAGGAGCAGAAACCCCUGUACUCCUUCAGCACAGUUACUAAGUUACCCAACAAUGUUAAGAUUGGCCAAAUCGACUCCAAUCUCCCAGGAUCUGCUGCACGGCAACACUAUCUGAGCCAAUCACGAUACUUGCCAGGGUUGAUCAGCAAGAAUCCGACUUCUUCUGGAGAUAAGGAGAUGAGUGGUAUGACGCUGCGUGACCUGUGGGAGAACUCCUCCAACACUGUAAACAAACCACUAGCUCCUAUUGGAGGCGGAUUAUCUGUCGCCAGAGCCAACGCAGAAGAGAAUGCCUCGAAAUCUGAGGAAAGCCCUCCGGAGAAAACUGUUGUUAAAGAAAGAAUACUGGAGAAAAUUGAUCUCUCCAAAGGGAACUUUGUGAGCACCAAAUACAACCUCUCCAGUGCCUACAUGCCCUCAUUCCAAAAGAAAGAGGUGGGCUCGGUGGGACAGAGGAUCCAGCUUGCCCCUCUGGCCGGCCAGCACACAAUCAAUCUUUCCUCUCCCGAUAAUAAAAAAGACAAAUCAAAAUCCGCAAAGGCCAAGCCCGUAUCCAGCUCGUCUUUGAGUGAAGCUAAUGAAGAUUACGAGGGUUGGAAGAGGAGGGCAGACAGGGCUCAGAUGAAGGGGAGCAGCUACUCAGCCUUGGGGAAAACCUCUGGGAAUCUCCUGACCAGAGCUCCUGCCGCACAGCCGGUCCACGGCAGGGUGGACUGGACGUCCAAAUAUGGUGGAAAUCGGUAGAUCAGAAAGGAGAUGGUACGAAGUGUGUAUGAACUGUGUUUCCUAGUGGUACGUGUCACUGACUGAGGACAUUAAUCCCAGACUGAGUUUUAACCUCUCUCAAAGUCUAUGUUCCCUGAAAAUAAUGACAAGGACCAAUAUUAAGGUAGGUUGUAGUAAGGUCACAAAUGAUGUAGUACAUGACGACGUGUCAUCCUUUUUAGGAGAUGUUUUUAUGCCACAAUUGGAUAGUUUUCUUCCUGGAGAGCCUGAGACAAGUAGGAUGCUACUGUGAAUGUGCAAGGAGUCUCUGUGUUUUGAUGACUGUUGCCAUGAUGCUGAACCAAGAUUCUGUCUGCAAGACAAUCCCACUGUGUUCCUGAAGGAACCAGUGUGAGCCAAUUAGUGUUCCGAGAUUCAGAUUUAAGUGUAGUUUUUUUUUUUUUACUUUAGUUUUUAAUGUCAAGUAUUGUUUUCCUGAUGAUAGUCAUUCAUUAACCCCUCCUCAGAUGCAUUAAUCCUUGUGCUUUUGUUCGACAUAGGUCAGUCAUAAAAGAACAAACAUCUGUGUAAUGUCUAUAAAAUGGAUUACUUCUACUUAUUCUGAUGAUGUAGGACAACUGCACUCCUCUUUGUAUUAUGCAAUGAAAUAACUGAACAUUUUGUAAGCAUUUUAUACCAAUAAAUACAUGAAGGUUG